CGUAAAUUCUAUAAAGAUUGAUUAUACCAAAAAUGGAAGAAAAGAAAGAGAUGGUACCAUUUUACACAAAGCAAUAGCAAAGAUCUCAUUUGGGUUUGCGGCCCAUAUAGCAAUUGAGAAUCAGGGGUGCUCUUUGACAGUUUCCAGGUAGCCAAAGGCCCUUUCCCGGGUAAAACCAGAAACAGAAAAUAACGAUCAUCAUCAGUCCCAAGAAAAGAAAAGACAUCAAACUCUAUCCACAAAAAACAACUCAUCUUCCACUAAACAAUCAUAGUAAUUGUACUAGCAUUUGUUGUCAUAGUUAUGGCUGAUCCUCUAUGCAAGUUCUUUGACACUCGUUCUAUAACAGGUUCCCAAUUCUUUGCCACCUAUUCUUCUGCCCAAAAGCCCUUCCUCUUACUCCCACUUGUUUCCCUUCACAACCCAAGUCUUGUUAGAACAAGAAGAAGAAGAAGAACAAAAUCACUUCAUAUUGCAUUCUGUUCCACACCCACUUCUUCAAAUCUUGAUGUCCUCUCCACUCAUGAACAUUCUGAUGGCAGCGUACUGUUUCGGUUUGGGGACCCAAGCGAGGUAGCGAAAGAAGAUGAAUUGGAGGAAACCAUUUUGGGGGUUGAAGAGGUGGAAAGGGAUAAUGAGGGGAAAUUUAGUGUGGUGAAAGUUUUUGAUGGUGAUAAUGAGAGUGAAGUCAUUGUCCAGGAAGUAGAUAGAGAAGCCAAAGGUCAGGCUGUGUCUGUGGCUUCUGAAUCAGUAGUGACUAACAGCAAAAGUAAUGAUUGUGUGGAAAGAGAGACUGGAUUGAGUGAAAAUUUUCUGGAAGAUUCCAAGGAUUAUAUUGCUUCAAUUUCAAGUGUAGGAAUUCAAGAUGAAUCAGAAAAUGAGGUCAAGAUUGAGAAUGCAGAACAUGUUGAGGAGAUUCUCGAAAGGAAAGAUGAUAGUGAAGCUUCAGUUCCACCUCCUGAGAAUUCUAUUCCUUCUUUGGAAGUUGAGGAAGAAGUGAAGGGUCAAUCAAGUGAUGAAUCAUUUGAAGAAUUGGAUGAUGACAGAACACCUCUUUUAAGUUCACCUGCAUCUAUGUCUGAAUACUCUGACUCGGUAAACACUACUGAAGUUGAAGAAUCCGAGUUGGAAGAUGGUUCAAGUCAAUUGAUAGAGAAUGGUGGUGACAAGGAAUGCCCUGAUUAUUCAACUCAUUUGAUGGAAAAUGGUGAGAUUUCAACUGUAAUUGAGGCAGCGGAUGAUGAUAUGGAGAUUGUCCAACAGACAGAACAAAUAUCUGAAAAUAUUGAUCCUGUAAUGGAAGAGCCCGUAGAGAGUGCUCCUGGGGAAAAUAAUGUGGGGAAUACUGAAACUGUUGUUGACGAAAUUAGUCCAGAGAAUGCUGACAUUAAGCAUUUGUCUAUGGAUGCUGAAGACCAGUGUACCGAAGUCCUUAAUUUCGAAAAUGAUGAUAAAACCGAGCUGAGUAAUUUGUCUGUAGAAACAGAGAAUCAGGCUGCCCAAGAUAGCACCUUAAAGGAUAGUGCUGAGACUAAUGUGAUUGAAGCAAUGUCUGUGUCUCCUGAGUUGGAGGCUGAACCAAUUCUUGUUGAGGAAGUCGAUCAAAACUUAAUAUCAGAGUCUAAUGAAAACGAAAGUCCAUUACCGCCAGAUGGAAGUUUACCUAGCUUAUCCUUGGAAGCGGAAAGAGAAGAAGAUGUAGCAAACAGUGAGAUCAUGGAAGUGUCUGGUCAUGAAGUGAUUGAGGAUAAAUCUUCAGAAGUCUUAGGCAACAGCAAGGAAGCUACACCAUCUGCAGCAGAACUAAUUCUGUUUUCUGGUACUACUUUACUGCAAUAUCCAUCCAAGGCAUUGACAGGUGGACAUGAAGCAUACUUUGUUGCUUCUGGGAAGUGGUUAGGGGUAGCCGAUGGAGUUGGUUCCUGGUCAUUGGAAGGGAGUGAUCCAGGAGUAUAUGCCCAGGAACUCAUGCAAAAUAGUGAAUUCAUUGUUUCUCAAUGCGACGAGGAUUUAAUAAAUGACCCUAAGCAAGUCCUUAAUCUGAGUGUUACAGCAACAGAUUCUCCUGGAUCUUCAACAGUCUUGAUUGCUCGUUUUGAUGGAAAGGCUCUUCAUGUGGCUAAUAUUGGAGACUCUGGAUUUAUCGUACUAAGGAAUGGCAGUGUUUAUAGGAAGUCAUCACCCAUGCUUCAUGAAUUCAAUUUGCCCAUACAAAUUGAAAAAGGUGAUGAUCCAUCUCCACUUCUGGAGGAAUACAAGAUAGAGUUAGAUGAGGGGGACAUCAUUGUCACUGCAACUGAUGCACUAUUUGACAACUUAUAUGAUCAAGAAAUAGUGUCAAUCGUCUCAAGGUCACUGAAAGCUGACAAAAGUCUUCAGGAAAUUGCGGAGAUUUUGGCGACAAGGGUGCUAGAAGUGGGUAGUUCUGCUUCAGGGAGAAGUCCAUUUGCUGAUGCAGCUCAAGCAGCUGGAUAUGUUGGAUAUACUGGUGGGAAGCGCGAUGAUGUGGUUGUCAUAGUAUCAGUAGUUACAAAAGGUAACCAUGUCAAAUGACAACUAGAUUCAUGUAAAUUCUAAAACGUUUCCCUUCCACUUUGUAAGCAGUUUUGAUGUCUCAAAGUGAGUGACUGCAACCUCUAUGUUGAUAGGGUUCAGUUGCUUCUUUGAAAUGUAAAUUUAUGCCAUCUGAUUGCUAUGCCUACACCAUCCAUGGCUGCUCUCGAUUGAUUCUAA